AUAAUAAUAGAUGAGUAACAGGUAAUAUUUCAAAUUAUUUCCAAAGAGACGCCAAACCCAACUCUCCUGCAAUGCCCCUGAACACAUGCGAAUACCAGCUGCUCUUUCUGCUCUGUUUUCUGCUGAAAAGCUGUCACGCUUUAAAAAACGAUGGCACUGAAGUGGCUCGUGGGCAUAUGGUGUCAUCAGCAUCCCACGAGACUCCGAAUAAUGCCUCUUUAAAUCGAGCGCGCAACGGGGGAAGACGCGCGGACACCCGAGACCCAAACGAACAGCACCAGGUUGGUUGCAGGGAACUGAGAUCCACUAAAUACAUAUCAGAUGGCCAGUGCACCAGCCUGAAUCCCGUGAAGGAGCUAGUGUGUGCUGGGGAAUGUCUCCCCACCCACCUGCUGCCCAACUGGAUCGGAGGAGAUAAUUACUGGAGCAGACGGAAUGUGCAGGAGUGGCGCUGCAUCACAGAUCGCACACGCACCCAGCGCAUUAAACUCCAGUGCCAGGACGGCAGCACGCGUACCUACAAGAUCACUGCUGUCACAUCCUGCAAAUGUAAGAGAUACACGCGCCAACAUAACGACUCCUCUCAUGCAUCCGAUAGUCCUUCGAAAGAGAUUUCUCUCCAGGACCCCAAGAAGAAAAAGAGCAAAAAUCAAAACGCAAAGCUUAAUCCAAAAAAUUAACAAAUAUGAGCUAUACUGAUUCAGACUUGACCAAAACAACCCAGCUCCUGGAAGGAAAGAGACUUUGAACCACAAUGACACUGACUUGGAUUGGGAAAAGAUGUACAGCUGUUUUUUUCUGCAUUUCAGAUGUGGACUUUUGUGUGACUGUGCAUGAAUGUAUGCAAAUGUAUGUGUGUUUGUGUAUUUCUGAGUGUAAAAUGGGUUGUGCUGUGCACUUUGUGAAUCUAAAAUGGUUUAUGAAUCAUGACAAAUAACCAAAUUAUAAAAAGCAAUAAUUAUAUGUGACAGAACAAAGUAACAUUUCCAUCUUAUUAGCAAUAUUAGAGUUGAACCGAUAUAACGAAACUACAGCUACUGCAGCCCUAAAAGUAUUUGGACAUUUAAGGCAAACUUAAAAAUAUAUUAGUGUGUUUGCAUUAGAUAGCAAAAUAUUAAACCAAGUGAAAUGUAUUGAAAAGAAAGAUAGCACAAGCACAAGCAACAAGGUUUGUUGGGUUAUAAAUCAUUUAUUUUAUGCCCAAUGUUAAUGUGAUUAACUACACAUGUUCAGUAGUUUCUCUGCUAGAGCACCUGUGAGAAGGGGAAAUGACUGAAAACAUCCACUCAAAAUGACUUGGGGAUCAGUUGGCUUAAAGUAAUUGCAAAAAUGGCUAAAAUUAUUUUAGUUCUGAGAAAAUGUCUAGCAUCGUACAUCAUAG